GUCCCCUGUUGUGUUGCAGUCAUGUCGGCUGCAAUUGCAUCUCUGGCUGCCUCGUAUGGUUCGGGUUCGGGGUCCGAGUCUGACUCGGACAGUGAGGGCGGACGGUGUCCGCUGCCAACCGCUGACUCCCUCAUGCACUUGACUAAAUCGCCUUCUGACAAGCCUUCUCUGGCAGUGGCGGUGGACUCGGCUCCGGAGGUGGCAGUUAAGGAAGAUUUGGAGACCGGAGUUCACCUUGACCCUGCUGUCAAAGAGGUUCAAUAUAAUCCUACCUAUGAGACCAUGUUUGCUCCUGAGUUUGGACCAGAAAAUCCCUUUAGGACACAGCAAAUGGCUGCCCCUAGAAAUAUGCUUUCUGGAUAUGCUGAACCAGCUCAUAUCAAUGAUUUUAUGUUUGAACAGCAAAGAAGAACUUUUGCCACAUAUGGUUAUGCAUUGGACCCUUCAUUAGAUAAUCAAGUGACUACUAAGUAUAUUGGUUCUGUAGAAGAAGCUGAGAAAAAUCAAGGUUUAACUGUGUUUGAGACUGGUCAGAAGAAAACAGAAAAGAGGAAAAAGUUCAAAGAAAAUGAUGCAUCUAAUAUUGAUGGUUUCCUGGGACCAUGGGCAAAAUAUGUGGAUGAAAAAGAUGUAGCUAAACCUUCCGAAGAAGAACAAAAAGAAUUGGAUGAAAUCACAGCAAAGAGGCAGAAAAAAGGCAAACUGGAAGAAGAAAAACCUGGGGAGGAAAAGACAAUCUUACAUGUUAAAGAAAUGUAUGACUACCAAGGCCGGUCUUACCUGCACAUACCCCAGGAUGUUGGUGUUAAUCUGCGGUCAACUGUGCCACCUGAGAAAUGUUAUCUUCCUAAAAAACAAAUUCACGUGUGGUCUGGACACACAAAGGGCGUCAGUGCCGUCAGGCUGUUCCCUCUCUCCGGCCAUUUACUGCUGUCUUGUUCCAUGGACUGUAAAAUUAAGCUGUGGGAAGUUUAUGGAGACAGGCGUUGUCUGCGAACAUUUAUUGGUCACAGUAAAGCUGUCAGGGACAUCUGCUUUAAUACUGCAGGAACGCAGUUCCUCAGCGCAGCUUACGACAGGUAUCUUAAGCUCUGGGACACGGAAACAGGACAGUGUAUAUCAAGAUUCACAAACCGAAAAGUACCCUAUUGUGUCAAAUUUAAUCCUGAUGAAGAUAAGCAAAAUCUCUUUGUGGCCGGGAUGUCUGAUAAAAAGAUUGUACAAUGGGAUAUUCGCAGUGGAGAAAUUGUGCAGGAAUAUGACCGGCACUUGGGAGCUGUCAACACCAUUGUUUUUGUUGAUGAAAACAGGAGAUUUGUGAGCACAUCUGAUGAUAAGAGCCUAAGAGUUUGGGAAUGGGACAUCCCUGUGGAUUUCAAGUAUAUAGCAGAACCCAGUAUGCACUCGAUGCCUGCAGUGACUUUGUCUCCAAACGGGAAAUGGCUAGCAUGCCAAUCAAUGGACAACCAAAUCUUAAUUUUUGGAGCACAAAACAGAUUUAGAUUAAAUAAGAAAAAAAUUUUUAAGGGCCAUAUGGUAGCUGGCUAUGCUUGUCAGGUGGACUUUUCACCAGACAUGAGCUAUGUGAUUUCAGGAGAUGGAAAUGGAAAAUUAAACAUCUGGGACUGGAAGACCACAAAACUCUACAGUCGGUUUAAAGCUCAUGACAAAGUGUGCAUAGGUGCGGUGUGGCACCCUCACGAGACAUCUAAAGUCAUAACCUGCGGUUGGGAUGGCCUCAUUAAACUAUGGGAUUGAUGAGACUAGUCCUUAAACUCUCUGGAUUAUUUUGGAUCCAAUACCAUAUUUAACUAUGUCAUUUUAAAUGUGUGGGAUGAUAACUUUAUUUACAGAUGUCAUUUCCUUACAUGGCCUUAUAAAGUUGAUAUACAUUGUUUUUAAAAAAAAAAACUUUGUAAAUUUGGCUCAUAUAAUUUUGUUGGCAACUUUAAAUUGUUCUUUAUAGAUACUAUUUAUACAGAGAAUGACCAUCAAUUUUGUAUUUGACAAGGCAGUUUGGGCUUACCCCCAAGACAUAUGGAAGGAUCCCUUUGGAGUCAGAAAAGAAUCCCUCAUGAAUUGGGGGUUCUGAGGGGUGUAAUAAUGACAAGUAACCCAGAAAGACACCCUGUACUCACCUCUUCAACCAGAAGAGAUGUGAGGGACAGGGACGACCGAGUUUAACGUGACUCUGGGAGGAGGAUAAAACCACCCAUGACGACUGUUUCCAUUAUUUCCAGUGCGUCGAGUUCUGGUGUUUUGGAUUCAGGGGUUCCUCUAUUUUUGUGGCAAAUGUUGUGUAUUUUUCACUGUAAGCCAGCAGUCUCCUCUGACGGCAGCAUUCCUCUAAUUAUUAAACAAUGUAAAAUACAAAUCAA